AUGUCACUUGGAGAGUUUGACGAAUUGAAAUGGGACCAUUCGGUGAAGAGGCUGGACACGCCGUCGCACUAUUUACUGCGGAAGGCCCGGAAGAAUCCCGAUGGGCUUGAGGAGUUGCGUCGGUCGACGAAGUCUGCGACCAUCUAUGUUGGUAAUUUGUCCUUUUAUACCUCUGAGGAGCAACUAUACGAGCUGUUCAGUAAAUGUGGCACGAUCAAGAGAAUCAUUAUGGGGCUAGAUAGGUUCAAGUUCACGCCCUGUGGAUUUUCGUUCAUCAUCUACAGCACGCCACAGGAGGCGUUAAACGCGUUGAAGUACUUGUCUGGGACGAAGCUGGACGACAAGAUUAUCACGAUUGAUUUGGACCCCGGGUUUGAAGACGGCAGACAGUUUGGCCGUGGAAAGAGUGGUGGUCAAGUCUCUGAUGAGUUGAGGUUUGAGUUUGACGCGUCUCGUGGUGGGUUCAAUGUGCCACUUGAGGAGAGGAUAGGUGCUCCCGGGAUGUUCCCGCCCAGUUCUGGACGCCGUCAUAACCAGCGGAACAAUUUCCGUGGGGGUCGCAGGAGAGUGAUUGCGCAGCCACGGUUCAACGCACAGUACCACGGCGAGGACGAGGAGGACAACUACGUUCCUGAGUGA